AAUGUCGACAAAAAACUGUCUUAAAAAAGAACGCAAGCCUCUCGUACCGUUAAAAACACUCGACAUAGUUUUCAGACGUCGUUAUGUGAAAAAUACCCAAUACUACUUUACUAACAGAAAACAUGCAUUAAAGGAAGAACAUGGAAAAGCAAGUCGGCCGUUUCGUGUGCCUAGAACCGAGAAAUUACUCAGUUACAUAAAGUACAGCGACAGAAUUGAAAAAAAUAUAUAUAGAAAGAGGCUUUCCCAACCGCUGCACCUGAAAGACAAUGUGAAGAUAGCGGCGACGAGGGACUUGUCGAGACGGCUAUUCAUAGAGGAACCUCCCGACGAUGUCAGGGCAGUGGUUGAAAUCCACCCAGAAUUUUACACUGUCAUUGAAGGACGACCGUUACGAAGCUUUGACGAUAUCAAGGUAUACGUUCAAAAUAUACAAAAUUAUGCAAUGAAUCGCCAACAAAUAGGCUAUCGUAGAGAUUUGAUAAUGAAAAUUGAUGAAACUUUGGUAGAAGAAACUAGAGAGCACGACAAGAUUGUAGAAAAUUUAAAAAAUCACAUUAAAAACUUUCAAAAGUUUCUUACCGAAGAUUAUAAGAAGGCAUGUGCUAAAAUUUCAGCAGCAGAAAUUGCCUACAAUGCUCUUGUUGCGAAAAAUAAUCAAUUUCUUGUGUUGGUUUCAUCUAUAACAAAAUUAAAUAACAUUCUGUUCAAACUAGACGCGAUUAGAUCAGUUUUAAAAAUAUAUCGCAGCUUUUUAAUUUAUGUGGCUCCACUUGAAUGGAGAAAAGAGUAUGACGAAAAUCUACGAUUGAUAGCAAGUAAGUCAAUUAUAUUUGUAACCGAUACAUUUAAAACCGACGAUGAGAUAGCAGAAACUGCCGAUAUAGACAAGAUGGUGGACCAGGCUAAGGUAGAGCUGAGUAGUCCUCUAGCCCCACAUUUGUACUUUGUAAAGCCUGAACAGAUGAUGCACUUGUUUAACACAAUGGAAUUACAAAGUAGAGAAUAUUUACAACAAUUGGCUAAAACUGGUGAUCCUUUUAAGCUUCUAAUGCGCUCUAUUAGGACACUUAAGAAAGUUACGAAAGUAGAACUCGAAUACUUUCAAUAUUACAUUGACAGUAUAAAUAGUCAAAUAACUAGGGAAAAGUUAAACGAAAUACAUCUUGAAGAAAAGUUUUACCGUAUUUUGAAUGAACCAUUUUACCACUCUGUCGCUAGUCCGGAUACAUUAAAGCUAAAAAUUUGCAUAGAAUUCGUAUACCAAGAGGUCUUUGGCAAUAGUGAUGAAGACCAUGAAAAUCUAAAAGAUCCUAUGAAAAUCAUGGAAGUAAUGUACGAGGAUUAUAACCUGAAACUUGAUUCACUGGACUUCAAAAUAGUGAACCAAGCUCGAAAUGACUGCUUUGCUCAGGACUUGACUAUGAUGAGAAAUGCAUACAAUGCAGAAAGAGAACUGAGAGCCUUUAAAGAAAUGACAAACGCUAUGCAUAAAGCGUUUUUGCCUCCAGCGUUAUAUAAAAGACCUGUAUUAAAAAAGUUUGUUGAUAAAAAAACGAGAAAAGCCCAAGCCUUGGCUGAAAAAAGAAAAGCGGCCGCAUUAUUGAUGGGGGAAAAGAGAAUUGCUCAUAGGUUUAAAAGAAUAACAGACGAAGAAAGAGAGGGGUUAUUGUUAUUUACGGAGUGGUGUGAAGGCACAGAUCCAGUACCUUACUUGAAAACGUAUUAUCAAUAUUCUAAACCAGCCUUAGAAUGGAUGCCUCGCCAUUCAAUGACCGAAAUUUAAAUAUCGAGAGGGGUAGGCAAUGUGUA